UUGAUUUUACCGUCUUUUGCUGUCUGAUUUGCUGAUUUACACCUUGGUCUGAUUUUAUUGUUUCAUCUCCACCUACUCUGAUUUCAUUGUCUUAUGUCUUUAUUUUCUCAUGUCACUCUGAUCUACACCAAUCUGAUUUUGCUUUCUGAUAUCCAGCUAUAUGAGUUCACUGUCUGACAGUCUGAUUUUCGCCAUCUGAUCUCCACCUCAAUCUGAUUUUAGUGUCUAAUUUCCAGCUCAGUUUGACUUUACUGUCUGAUAUUGACCUAAAUAUGAUUUAACUCUGAUUUUUUUUCUUCAGUCUGAUUUUGCAGUUUGAUCUCCACCUACCUCCACCUUUCUAUCUUAGUCUGGUUCCAUUAUCUGAUGUCUACAUCAGUCUGAUUUUACUUUCUACAGUCUGUUUUCACUAACUGGUUUCCACUUUAGUCUGAUUUUACUGUCUGAUAAACACCAUGGUCUGAUUUCAUUGUUUUAUCUCCAUUUCAGUUUGAUUUCAAUGUCUGAUUUCUACUUCAUUCUGAUAUCUCGCUGAUAUCCUGCUUAGUCUGAUUUAAAUGUCUGAUUUCCAUCCCAAUUUGAUUCCAUGAUCUGAUUUCCAUCUCAGUCUGAUUUUGCAGUUUGAUCUUCACCUCUGUCUGAUUGUUACCUUGUUACUUAAGUCUGAUUUCACUGUCUCAUCUCCACCGACUCUGAUUUCAUUGUAUUCACCUCAGUCUGAUAUCUCACUCUGAUCUACACCCCAGUCUGAUUUUGCUUUUUGAUAUCAAGCUUUAUGAUUUCACUGUCUGAAAGUCUGAUUUCACCAUCCGAUCUCCACCUCAGUCUGAUUUUACUUUUUGGCGGUCUGUUUUUACUAACUGAUUUUACUUUGGUCUGAUUUCACUGUUUUUAUCUCCAUUUCAGUUUGAUUUAAAUGUCUGAUUUCCACUCCAAUAUGAUUUCAUCUCAGUCUGAUUUUGUAGUCUGAUCUUCACUUCUGGCUGAUUUUUACCUCAGUUUGAUUUAAUUGUCUUGUAGCUAACUUCAGCUUUAUUUUACUUUCUGACAGCCCGGAUUUACACCUUAAUAACUGACAAUUUCCUUCUCAGUUAAACUUCACUGUCUGAUAUCUACCUCAGUCUGAUUUCACUGUCUCAUCUCCACCAAUUUCAUUGUAUUCACCUCGGUCUGAUAUCUCACUCUGAUCUACACUGAUUUUGAUUUCUGAUGCCAAGCUUUAUGAUUUCACUGUGUGACAGUCUGAUUUCACCCUGGUCUGAUUUCACUGUUUUGUCUCCAUUUCAGCCAACUUCAGUCUGAUUUUACUUUCUGACAGCCUGGCUUCAAAAUUUGAUAUCCACCCUAGUUAGAUUUUUGACAGUCUGAUUUCACAAUCUGAUCUCCUCCUCAGUCUGAUUUCCUUGUCUGAUUUCCAGCUCAGUUUGAUUUUCAGUCUGAUAUUGACAUGAUUCUGAUUUAACUCUCUAAUUUCUCCUUCAGUCUGAUUUUGCAGUUUGAUCACCUACCUCCACCUUUCUGCCUUAGUCUGAUUCCGUUAUUUGAUAUCCACCUCAGUCUAAUUUUACUUUCUGGCAGUCUGUUUUCACUAACUUGAUUCCACUUUAGUCUAAUUUUUCUGAUUUACACCUUGGUGUGAUUUCAUUGUUUUAUGUCCAUUUCAGUUUGAUUUCAUUGUCAGAUUUUUCUUUUUAUAAAAAAAAUAUUUUUGAUAUCUCACUGAUCUCCCCCUCAGUCUGAUUUAAAUGUCUGAUUUCCAGCCCAAUUUGAUUUCACUCUCUGAUUUCCAUCUCAGUCUGAAGUCUCAACUUCAACCUGAUUUUACUUUCCGACAGUCUAACUUCACACCUUAAUAUCCACCCCAUUUUGAUUUCAUUGUCUGAUUUUGAUCUCGGCCUGAUUUCACUUUCUUAUUUCUGCUGAAGUCUGAUUUUACUAUGUGAUCCCCACCCAAGUCUGAUUAUACUGUCUCAUUUCUACUGACUCUGAUUUCAUUGUCUUCACCUCGGUCUGAUAUUGCAUUCUGAUCUACACCCCAGUCUGAUUUUGCUUUCUGAUAUCCAGCUAUAUGAGUUUAAUGUCUACAGUCUGUUUUCACCAUCUGAUUUCACUCUCUGAUUUCCAUCUCAGCCUGAUUUUGCAGUCUGAUCUCCACCUCUGUCUGAUUUUGACCUCAAUCCGAUUCCAUUGUCUCAGCCAACUUCAGCCUGAUUUUUCUUUCCGUCAGUCUGACUUCACACCUUAAUAUGAUUUUUUGUCCGAUUUCGGUCUCAGUCUGACUUCACUGUCUAAUAGUCUGAUUUCACUCUCUGAUAUUGAUCAUAGUCUGAUUUCCAUCUCUGUCUGGUUUCACUUUAGUUCAGUUUAGUUUUGCUGUCUCAUUGCUUUUAGACUCAGCAUCUCUACGAUGAUUGUGACAGACCAUGGCAGCUUUGCUUAUUUGGGAUGAUCUGAUCGGUGAGAAUUAGACAUUGUGUGACGAUCAAGAGGAAAACCCACACCUCACAGCAUCUCAGAGCAGUCUCAGAACCCUAGUGGAUAAAACAAAGCCUCAUUCUUAAGCAUCCACAAUUGCAGUCUUUGUUGUCUGAAUGAGAGGACGCAUUCUUCCAGAGGGAUGACCUCUCUUCUCCCUGCUGGCCCUGGCACUGCUGACACCAGCCCAGCAGCCGUCUCUCUCUCUCCGUCUCUUAUUGUCUUUUCUCCCUAAAAGAACACUAGCAGGAUAUCUGACUGAUACACAGAGUGUGUACAUGAUUGUGCCAAGGGAACAAAAGAUAGAUGGAGCAUAUCCUGAUGAAGUCACUCUGACGGCUGUGGGGUUAUGAUGAGAGAGGGAUAAACACAGACAAGACAUGCUGAAAAGAAGGGACGUCUUGGCACUCUUUUUGAUUUUGUUACCGUGGGCUUUACUGGUCACACUUUGGCACCAGCGUGCUGUCAACCCGUUGAUUCCAGUUCCUAAAGAUAACAGAACUGGGGCCACUAGAAGAGGCUACCGACUUCAUGAGUCCUGCAUCACGGAGAACAAGCGUAACACUAAGGCCACCCAGAUGAAGUACUUCCACCAGCGGCCUCCACCCUGGUCUGACACAUUGCCAACUCUCCACGUGAUAACGCCAACCUACAGUAGACCCGUUCAGAAAGCCGAGUUGACCCGGCUCACGAACACCCUCCUACACGUCCCCAACCUUCACUGGCUGGUAGUGGAGGACUCGGCACAGAAGACAGCGCUGGUGUCCAGACUGCUGGAGAACACGGGACUGAAUUACACUCAUCUGAACGUAGAGACACCUGAGAAUCUCAGGACUCAAAAGAAGCCCAGAAAUGUACGGAUCCCACGCGGUACCAUGCAGAGGAACCUGGCUCUCCGCUGGCUCAGGGAGAACAUCAACCCAAACUCCAGUCAUAAAGGAGUUGUUUAUUUUGCAGAUGAUGAUAACACUUACAGUUUGGAGCUGUUUGAGGAGAUGCGUUGGACUCGCAAAGCAUCAGUCUGGCCCGUUGCCUUCGUCGGAGGUCUCCGGUACGAAUCGCCCAAAAUCAACUCUCAAGGCAAAGUGUUCGGCUGGAGGACGGUGUUCGACCCUCGUCGACCAUUUGCCAUCGACAUGGCCGGGUUUGCCUUGAACCUUCAGCUCAUCCUCAGCAAACCUCAAGCCUACUUUAAGUUAAAAGGUGUUAAAGGCGGAUACCAGGAAAGUAGUCUUCUACAGGAUCUGGUCACCCUCCGUGACCUGGAGCCCAAAGCCGCUAACUGCACAAAGAUACUGGUUUGGCACACCCGGACAGAAAGACCCUUGCUUGUGAAUGAAGGAAAAAAGGGAUUCACAAGUGGCAACGUGGAAGUAUGACGAACUGCUUUCAUGCUGUUUUUCGUAGUAGGCCUAUCUGGAACAGAAUUAAACUUAUAGUUGACUGCACUGAAUGUAAACUAUCAGAGACACGCUGAAGUAUUUGACUAAAGGCUGGAAUACACUACACAAUUUUUGCCCUGAUUUGCAAUCUGGAUGCCUGUUGCUUAAAGUUACAACAAUUUCUAGGGCUGGGAGAAUAAAUCGAUGCAUCUCAAUUCUUGAAUUGAUUCUUAGAUUUUCCGAAUGCAUCCCGAUUCUCUCUGGAAUUGAUUCUGAGGUUAGUUUUUAACAGCAGAAGGCGUUCUAAUCUAGUUUUUUUUUUUAAACCGCACACUCAAAUGCUUACAAAGAAGAGCGCUGAAGAGCGUAAUGCUUUUAUGACGUGAGAUUAAUGUAAACACAGCCCACAAUGAACACCCUUGUAAUUCGCUUCAACCUUUUCGAACUUCAUGAAUGAUUAUUUUAGGUUCAAAUAUGUGUAAGAAAUCAGAAGCAUGCAGAGUACAGCUGUUUCUUAAGCACGCAGUGCCAUUUUCUGUUCAAAACAAUCGAUUUGAGAGAGAAUCACGAUGCAUUCGGAAAAUUUUGAAAUCGAUGCAGAAUCAUUUCUUGAUUCAUCGAUUUAUCGUCACAACCCUAAACAGGACAAAAGUCGUUGACACACUGUAAAGAAUAAUCUGUAAAAUUUAUGGUUAAAAGGGCAGCUGAAGUUGCUAGAAUGUUACUGCAAAAAAUAAGAACAUUUUAAAAAAUAGCAGCAAUAUUUUUACAGAUUGAACUAAUUUCUAAUAAAAUAACAUGUUUUUGUCUUAUAAAUGGCAAUUUACCAAAGUUUGUUUUGUACCUUUAUAAUAAACUGACACUUUUUUCACAAGCUGAGGAUAUUAAUAAUUAGAAGACGCACCGUUUCAUCCACACAAAUACAAAACACAAUCAUGGUAGCACAUGAGACAAAAAUAAUGCAAUAAACAUUCAUUUAACAACAUGAGAUGUAACAUAAAACCCUAACGCACAUGAACAAAUAAAAAAUCAAAUGAUCAUCGCACAAGGAAUCAUUUUCUACUGAUCAAAAAUCUGUGAAAAGAUGCAAUAUCGUAUAUUUAAUGUGUGAUCUUCACUCAUUUAGUGUAUGAUGCCCAUUUUUUCUGUAACCAUUUAUGAAGCUGUCAAAAUUUAUGAUGCACAGUGUUUUAAAAUCGGUCCAGAUUUUAAAAGUUGUGUAGUGUAUUCAAGAUUUAAGAUAAUCUCACUGAAGAGCAAUUUUCCAUUAAAAAGGAUUUUAGUCAAAUUCCCAUAUAGAAACUCCUGAGAACUUGAUUUAUUCCAGAAAACGUUGAUUCUAACAGAGCUGUACAAAGCUGAUUUGUGACCCUGGACCACAAAACCAGUCUUAAGUAGCACGGUUAUAUUUGUAGCAAUAGUUACAAUUUUUUUUUCUUUUAUGCCAACAAUCAUUAGGAUAUUAAGUUCAUGUUCCAUGAAGAUAUUUUGUAAAUUUUCUACCGUAAAUACAUUAGAACUAGAAUUUCAUUAGUAAAAUGCAUUGCUAAGAACUUUAUUUGGACAACUGAGGGUGUUUUGCACCCUCAGAUUUCAGAUUUUCAAAUAGUUGUAUCUCAGCUAAAUAUUGAACUAUCCUAACAACCAUACAUCAGAGCUUAUUUCUUUAGCAUUCAGAUGAUGUUUCCAAAAAUUGACCCUUAUGACUGGUUUUGUGGUGCAGGGUCACAUUUGAGUUUAAGUUUAGAUGUAGUUUGAAUGGAAACAGUAUUUGCAAUGAAAGCUUGUUCUGAUUUCUUGUCAGUGCAUUUCUAUAAGAAUGUGGUGGUGGUGUUAACCAAUGAUUGCUAGGUGAUUGUUGUCACACAAUCCCACAAUCAUAUUCUGACCAUAGAUAUGGCUCAGGUUGUAUUUUUUGUAUUUUUUUAACAUCUGUUUUAUUGUCUGCCAGAUAAAAUAUAGGCAAAAGUCUUGAUUGUUUUAAAGGAUAUUCCUCAAUUAAACUGUGCAGUGUGAGGUAUCACGUAUGUCUGUAGCACAAACAACGCUACAAGUUUAAUUUGAACAAACCUCAAGUUUCAGUUAUAUAUAAAAUCUUUCUCAGUGUUUGCAAAAAGGGAAAACAACAUGCUGGAUCUACAGUAAAUGCACUUGUGUAAACAAUCAGGUGCCUGUGGAAAUUAUUGUUAAGAAAAAUUAGUAACUUUCUGUUGCCUAAAUGGCCAGUGCAACAUUUAAGUGUUAAUAUAAAAUUGCACUGAUAUAAUCGAUUUCAGCCAGUAAAUACCAUGAGACAAUCAAAAAAAGUACAAUCUACCUUGUCUUGCUAACAAAUGAAGCUGUCAUGCAAACACACACCCCGAGUUAUAAUAGGCAGUCCAUCUUAACAUUUACAUUUAAACAAAUUUAACACAAAAUUACAGAUUACACAGUCUCCAGCAAGACUGCACUUUUUAAUAAAAACAAUUAAAUAGAAUAUUGAAUGUUUAAACGUUUUUAGAAAUAUCAUGGAAUGCAAAGCCAUGCUAUUAAUACAAAUGUGCCAUUAAUAGUUUAACAAUCCAGCAUUGACAUUUUAUUUUUGUUCAGGCACUUCAGUAGUAUUCAUGUAUUUAAUAGUACAUUCCUGUGUCUUCAUGUUGUUUUGUAAUUUUGUUCGUUAAAUGUCAACUGUCAUUCCCAGAUCAGGAGAAUCUUCAAACUGGAUUUUAAAAUCCGCUUCUGCUUCUUCAAACACAAUCACCUGUUGAAUAAAAGAAUAAAAGAUCUUUCAGAACUUUU